AUGGUCUCUACCAAGUCUCUCUUGGCUCUAGUAUUCCUGAGAUCAGCAAUUGCAGCACCUCAAGCUUCGGUAUCGCCAUCAGCUGUCAGCUCUGCCAGUUCACCGGCAUCAAGCUCAGUGACCCUUACUGCCGAGGAGACGGACGAAUUAUUCAGCCUUCAUGAGGAGUUAGUCAACAUCCCGUCCAUAUCCGGAGAUGAAGUGGAAGGCGCAGAGUUCUUAUCGGAAUACCUGUCGAGCUUGGGGUACUAUGUCGAGGAAGUUCCUGUUGGAGACACCGGCACUUUCAAUGUAUUCGCCUAUCCACAAGAACUGAAAGACGAGGGCGUUUGGCCAGAGGUCUUGAUCACUAGCCAUAUUGAUACGGUGCCGCCAUUUUACCCUUUCGAGCGCAGAGAAGAGAAUGGCACAGUCUAUCACUUUGGUCGUGGAACGGUCGACGCAAAAGGACCCGUAGCCACUAUGAUUGUUGCAUCGCACAAGUUCUUUCAGUCCCGCACCGACACCCCUAGUCUUGGCAUGUUGUUCGUUGUCUCCGAAGAGACUGGUGGCGCCGGGAUGAAAGCAUUUGCACAAUAUGCUUCGAACACAACUUUCCGUGCAGGUAUCUUCGGCGAGCCAACAGAAGGAAAACUGGCUAGUGGACACAAAGGCAGUUUACGCGUGGACCUGGAUGUUCUAGGCAAAUCCUCUCACUCCGCCUACCCUUGGCUUGGUGUAAGCGCCAUCAAUUAUCUAACUGAGGCUAUCGUUGCACUUAACAUGCUCGAACCGGCUCUUCCUAGAAGCGAGCUACUCGGCGCCACAACUCUCAAUGCUGGCGUUAUUUCAGGCGGUGUUGCUGGCAACGUUGUGCCUGAACAUGCAAACGCUAGCAUCGUUGUCCGUAUCGCUCGCAGUGAAGACGAUGCAGUCGAGGUUGUUCAGGACAUGAUGGCAGGAAUGCUUUCACCCAUUGUUGCCCGCGCGAAGGCAGCAAACGCUACAUUCGAUGUUCGUUUUUCGAAUACUACAUACCCCGCACCUAUUCUCGAUACCGAUGUCGAGGGUUUAGAGGUAGCUCCAGUUUUCUAUGGUACAGAUAUUCCGAGUUUGCCGCAGGUGGAGAAGAGAUAUUUGUUUGGCACCGGAACGAUUGAAGUUGCACACACGCCGGAUGAGAUGUUGAGUCAAGAUGAACUUGUGCAGGCGGCUGAAGCAUACGGCAUGAUACUUGAAACUUUGUUCUCAGAAUAG